AUGCCAAUACCAACGCUACUAGAAGGGUUUCCCAGUGACGUUCCCUCGGCUCCAUCCAGAAAGCUCCAAUACGCCGACGUCGCCGUAACCGCAACUGCCAAAGAGUUCGCCGGCAUCUACCGGGGCAAGCAAUACCAUGAGCCAGACUUCGAUGCCGUGCUCGACCGCGCAUUAGCCGCCGGGGUAGAGAAAGUCAUGCUGACAGGCAUGUACGCAUCCGACGCGUCUUUCAAUCUCGGCAUAGCGCGGAAACGACCGGAGCAAUGCAGAGUCACAAUCGGUGUACAUCCAUACCAUGCCGUCGAAGCUGAUGAGGGCGGAGAAGAAUAUUACAAGAGCCUGUCUGACAGCAUCACGACGACCAUGACUGAAGAGCCCCACCUCCUAGCCGCUUUCGGAGAGCUCGGCCUCGACUACGACAAACUGGCCGAAGCCCCAAAAGACGUUCAGAUACGCGUGUUCAAGCGCCAGCUCGAUAUGAUAGUAAGCGCAGGAUGGAAACUACCCCUCUUUCUGCAUUGUCGCGCUGCGUUCGAAGAUUUCGUUGCUAUACUCGGAUCCUACAUGGACCGGCUGCCUUUACGAUCCGGUCUAGUGCACUCUUUCGUUGGUACCACAGCGCAGAUGCAGACUCUGACCGGCAUGGGCCUACAUGUUAGUGUCAACAACUUCGCUUUCCGAGACCGCGAUAGCUUGGAUAUGAUUAGACAUGUGCCGAUGGAUAAGCUCCAGAUUGAAACGGAUGCCCCUUGGGGCGAUAUCCAAGUGUCUAGUGAAGUAGCAAAGGCGUAUUUGAAGAAUGCAACGAAGUGGUCUUGGGGGAGUAAGAAGAAGGAUAAGUUCAGUAUGGGCGAUAUGGUGAAGGAGAGGAAUGAGAGUUGCAAUGUGGAGAAGGUGGCGUUGGUUGUUGCGGGGAUUAAGGGCGCUGGCGUUGAGGAGGUUGCGGAGAGUGCGUGGAAGAAUAGUGUGGGAAUGUUCUUUUCGCGUUAG